UGUGUUACUCGUGGCUGUGACUUUUGUUUUCUUUUAAUUAUACAUAUAUGGAAUUCAUCACAUCAGACUUUCAGUUACGCCAGAAAUCAGAUUAAAAUUAUUGCAUGUUUCCUUAAGAUUUGUUAAUGCUGCUUUCCGUUUUUCCUUUUGUCUUUUGGUAUAGUAGACAGUAAAUCGAUUGUGCAGACACAGAUUGAAUGACAAAAUUGAAUAUGAACACCGAAAUAUGGAACUCAUCGAAAAUGGGCGGCACUGGCGGCGCAUUGAAAGCGUUGACCAAGAAUCUGGCGAAUCAAUUGAAUCUCAAUCGCACCGAUAUGAAGCGAGUUGUGGCCCGUGUGAUAUCCGAGCGACAUGGACAGGGCGAUGUGGGUGAUUACAAUGGACAUAUGUUCUAUGUGCGGCCCGAGCGAAUCGAUUUGACCGAGCAGAUCACACACUCGAAGGAAGCCUUCGAUGAGAUGAUCAAUCAAAAGAAAAUGAAAUUGAAACAGAAUCAGAAUCAGAAUCUGAAUCUGAAGAAAUCGUGCAGCAACCAAUUGCCCAGCUCGCGUUCGCAGUCUCGCGUGAAGAACAAGAACAACAACAACAACAACAAGAAGCUGAAGCAAAAGAAACCGGAACAACGGAGUGUCAACAAUCCAGCCGAGAUUGUCAUGAUACUAUCCAAGUCGAAGUUAAAGCAGCGCCUGAGCCCCAAGCCAAAGGCAGCAGCAGCAGCAGCAGCAGCAUCAGCUGCAACCAGUUCAAAGCCGGUAGCAGCAGCUCCCACUCCGGCUCGCACUCCAGUUGCAGCCACAAUUGUAUCAGCUGCUCCCUCAGCUGGUCAAAAGACCGGCAACAAACUGGCGACAAAGCCGAAAACAAAGCCAGAGACAAGAAGUCCUAGUCGUAGUCCUAGACGCAGACUGAUGCUGGACACAACAACACAACGACAGCAACAGCAACAGCAACAGCCACAGACAGCAAAGCCAGGCAAAGUGCAGCGACUGAAUGCAGGCAAAGUGAUGCGGCAGGAGCAACCCAAGCUGAAGCCCAAGCUUAAGCCUUUGCCACAAGUGGCACCCCAAGCGCAGCCACAACCGCUGCCACUGCGCGACUCGAAGUCGCAGACAGCUGCGCAGCCAAAGCGAGUGCUGAAGAAGCGCAAGAGUCUGAAGCAGCUGCCACAGCAGGCGAAGGGCAGAAUAAUGCAGAAGAAAGUGUGGCUGGAGCCGUGGCAGAAUCCCAAGCGUCUGGCACCGAAACGCCUCAAGGCGGGCGGAAUUGCAACAGCCAGAGGAGGAGGAGGAGGACGAGGAGCAUCAGGCAGAGCAGCGCAUUGCAAUGUGGCCUUGGCCUGGCGUCAUCCAUAUCAGUUUCAAGGCGGCGCUGGCGCCACACAGCGUCACAAUAUCGAUCACGGUGUCAAGUUGAGCGCCAGAUCGAGGCUGAAGCCGCGCAUCAAUCGAGGCAGAAAUCAAAUGCGAACACGAACAUCGCUCAAGGAGCAGCGCUUGAAGAAUCUGCGCUCUCAGCUGCAGUUGGCCAAGCAACUGGAGGCCGAGGAGGCCAUCGAUGAUCCGGAACGUCUUGAAGCAGGCACUAUUCUGGACUACGGCCUGCCGGCAACACGAACGCGAAGCAACAUCUUCGUAAAGCGUGGCAAGCAACUGCGACGCUACAAGCUGAGUCCGCGCUUGGAGCAACUCGCCCGACCCGUCAUCCAUGGCAAACCCAAUCCACAGGCCACGACAGCUACAGCGACAACGACAUCGCGACAUCAUUUGCCAGUGCGCAAACCGAAGAAGACGAGAACGCAUCGUCGUCGUCGUCAACGACGCGUUGUCGUCGACAGCAGUCUGGGCAGCAUUGCCGGACUGAAGGGAUCCUCACGCUCUGGCCUGACGCCGGCCAAGCGCCAUUUGACGCUGGCCUUCAUGAACAAAGACGGAGGACGCAGUCCACGACGAUCGCGCAGUGCCAUGUGGCGAUAGAACGCACUUUGUGUUCUCUCUGUUCGAUCUGAUUGUUCUCUUAUUUCGAUCAACUAUCACUUGGUCUCUGAAGUUAGCAGUCGAUUCCUGUACUAGAAAUUCAUAGGUGCUUAAAUAAAUUACAAAAUUAUAGACUA